AUGGAUUGCUCUCAGGAGCUCAGUGAAUUCAAGCGUGGUAACAUGAUAGGUUGCCACCUAUGCAAUAAGUCCAUCCGUGACAUUUCCUUGCUACUAAAUAUUCCAGCCAACUGUUAGUGAUAUUAUAACAAAGUGGAAGCAACUGGGAACAACAGCAACUCAGCCACAAAGUGUGCAGAACUCACGAACUGUCUGCAGAGUCAAUAGCUAAAGACCUCCAAACUUCGUGUGACCUUCAGAUUAGUACAAAAACAGUGCGUAGAGAACUUCUUG